CUUUUUGUCUGGCAAACGUGGCCGCAAAGGGGAGCUUUGGAGGAGCGCCGCGAUUGCCCCGCCGGCGACCCGCUGUCGGCGUCGGCUGGGGUGACAGGCGACCUCUUGGGGAAGGUGGAGGGUCGGGACCGCGUGCACCCGAGUCUGUGCCGGAGGGGGACGCGCCGAGGCUAGAGGACCCGGGGGCUUGAGGGGUGUUUUCGAUUCAUUCGAGAAUCGCGCUCUUGAAAACGGGGAAACUUUCCUUGGAGUUCCGGGAGGGGAAAUUCGACUCUUCUGCUGCUGGUCUUGUUGGUCCCGCUGGUCUGUGCGCCUCGGGAUGGCUCGCGUGGAGACGUCCUUUCCGCCGCAGCAGUAUUGUCAAAGGAGCGGAGAGGGAGAGGCCGCCCGGCUGCCCUGUCCAGGACACCGAGGGUGAUGGCUUGGGGGCCCAGGGUCGUAGGUACCUCUUACGCGGCACGAGGUUAGAUGCCAGCCUCGGAGUCUCCAGAGGGACUGAUAUGAUGCCUUUUUCCUGAGCCAUGGCCGAGCCCUCUGAAAGGCUUGCGGUGAGCACGUUAUUAAUCUUUGCCUCUGCUGCCCCCUCCCCAGCCGAAAACACACACACACACACACACACACACACACACACAAUAUAGAACCUGUCCACUUUUAGGUCCUGUGAGUUGGGAAUGGAGGCAGAUCCAGCUAACUGUGUGUGUUUCUCUCAGGUAAAGCCCAGCCAACAAGCACAUGGCUUUGCAGAACUGAUAGCAAAGCCCAAAGGUCUAGGGGCGAGGAGUUUUGCAAUGUGUCCGGUCCAGAGUCAGGUUCAGGAGGCUUUAUUGAUCACUGGCCUGAACGAUCAGUUAACAACCCCUUCCAUUUUUGAGACGGAUAUUUGACAGGAAACUUUGGGGGAAUUCUGCAGUUAUUUCCUUAUCGUGGGGUCUGGCGGAAUUCAAUAUCUUUCUUAUUGAUUUAGACUGUAGUGGGUCUAACCCAGGAAACCACAUUCCUAUUGCUGAGAUUGGACUACAUAGCAUUGAAGAGGAAAAACAGAAAAUAAAAAGAAGCCUCUCUGUGACCUACAUCUUCCUCCCACAAGACCACACCAGAGAGCCAGGUACAAGAUGAACAAGCACACUGUCUACCUAAGAUGUACCAGGCCAUCCGACUGAACCCCGAGAGCCCAAAAAUGUCUGCGUGCAGUGACUUUGUGGAGCACAUCUGGAAGCCCGGGUCCUGUAAAAACUGCUUCUGCCUGCGGAGCGACCACCAGUUGUCACCUGGCCAUCACCAGCCCAGAGCAGGCAGCCUGCACCCCGCUCCUCGCCCGUCACCUAGGCCUGAGUACUGCCGCCUGGAAGAUGAAGGUGUGAACAGCUCACCUUACUCCAAGCCCACCAUCGCUGUUAAGCCUACCAUGUUGAGCUCCGAUGCCUCUGAUGUGUGGACAGAGGCGAAUAUGAACGCGGAUGUCUCAAAGGUCAUUUGGAGACGGCCCCCCGGCAAGCUCCCCCUCCCGAAGCAGGAAGACCUGCCGGUGGUUUACCUGGGCAGUUUCCGCGGUGUUCAGAAGCCUGCCGGGCCAUCUGCCUCUGCAGAUGUCCACCCUCACUGCCCGCCUGCAUAUGCCAUGGUCGGCCUGCACAGCCUAGAGGCCCGGGGGGAACACAACACCGCCUUCCACCCAGUGAGUUUCCCUGAUGAGAAAGCUGGGCGAGAACAUAAACCUGUGUUUUCCUACCAAGAGCUGAACUCCACUCAGGAGAGCUUCCGCCAGAAACUGGCUGCCUUUGGCGGGAAGACAUCUGGCUGCCACAAGGGCCCUGGGCCUUACCCCUCUCCUCAGCCCCUGCGGGAGUCUCUGCCCACGGAGGAUGACAGUGGUCCAAGGCGCUCACCCUCGGGGGACAGUGAAGGGGGAGAAUAUUGCUCCCUCCUGGACUGUCGCCCCGGGAGCCCAGGCACCGAGGGCACUCCACAGGCUGAGGGUCCCCGGCGCAGACAUGGUGGAGAGGGCCGCUCGCCAGCCGAGGAGGAGAAGCGGGUUUCGAGCUUUCCAAGGGAAUGCUGUAGCCAGGGCCUGACAGAGAACUCAUCCCACCUGGGCCCCAAGCAGCUGUCCCUUGCCUCAGAGGCUGCCAGUUCUUCAGACGGCCUCUCGUGUGGGAGUGCCAGCAGUGGCACCAGCAGCCCCUUCGCCUCCCAUCUCGAGAGCGAUUAUUGCUCCCUUAUGAAGGAACCUGUGCUGGGGAAGCAACAGGACUCUGGCUGCCACGUGGUGACCUCUAGCAGGUGCCUUGGGCUGACUGGGGAGCCCCAGCCGACAGCCCACUCUAGAGAGUCUGUGCAACCUGAACCCAUCUAUGCCGAGAGCACCAAGAGGAAGAAGGCAGUUCCAGCACCUUCCAGGCCACAGGCAGCAGCUGCUCAGGGCCAGGUCCGGACGGCUAACACGUGGGCUCAGAAAACAACAUCUGGGUGGGGCCGAGACCGGGAAGGCCCAGAUAUGGGCCCCAAGGUGGCAGCCACCAUCACAGUCAUGGCAGCCCACCCAGAAGAGGACCACCGGACAAUCUACCUGAGCAGCCCCGACUCCGCGGUGGGGGUGCAGUGGCCACGCCGGCCUGUGAGCCAGGACUCUGAGGCCGGUGACGAGGAGACUUCUGAUGGGCAGGGAAUGAGCUCCAGGGAAGGCCAUUGUCACGAUGCCAGUGAACACAUGUCCAAAGGGAGGCCUGCCAUUCCUCCCAAGCUGUCCAGGAGUAGUCCUGGAGGGUCUCCGGUGUCACCAUCUGCCUCCCCUCUGUCUGACGUCAAUGAGGGGAGCUCCGGGGGUGGCACUGGGCCCCAGCCUUCAUCCAGGGGCCCCAGUGACCCCGCUCCUUCCUGCCGGGCCAAUGGUGUCACUGACCGUGACUCGGUCAAGUGUCCGGGGCCAGCCAGUACCGCCUCAGCCUUAGACCAGAGGCGGCCUCGGUACCACACUGGGGCCUGGAGUCGUCAGUGCCGGAUAGAGGAAGAGGAGGAGGUGGAACAGGACUUGCUGAGUCAAGGCUGGGGAAGAGAAAUGGAAAAUGGCACCACGGACCCCUCAAACUCCUCUACCUGGCACCGUCUGUGCCCCACAGAUGGCUCCUCAGGGCAGAACAAUAAAGCCAUUACUGGGAUGAGCAAAUCUGCUUCCUUCGCCUUUGAGUUCCCCAAGGACAGAAACGGGAUUGAGGCCUUCUCACCACCUCCGCCACCUCCAAAGUCGCGGCACCUUUUAAAAAUGAACAAGAGCAGCUCUGAUUUGGAAAAAGUGAGCCAAGGCUCCGCGGAGAGCCUCAGCCCAUCCUUCAGGGGUGUCCACGUCAGCUUCACCACGGGCUCCACAGACAGCCUGGCCUCGGACUCCAGGACCUGCAGUGAUGGAGGACCAUCAUCUGAGCCGACUCACUCACCCACCAAUAGUGGAAAGAAGCUCUUUGCUCCUGUUCCAUUCCCUUCAGGCUCCACUGAGGAUGUGUCCCCCAGCGGCCCCGUGCAGCCCCCGCCUCUCCCCCAGAAGAAGUUAGUGAGCCGGGCGGCCUCUUCGCCAGAUGGCUUCUUCUGGCCCCAGGGCUGCCCCAAGCCGAGAACAGCAAGUCCCAAGCUGAACCUCAGCCACUCGGAAACCAACGUCUGCGCUCGUGAGGAGUCCCACUUCAGCUUUUCCUCGAGCCCCGGGAACCGCCACCAUCAUAUCUUCUCCUCUUCCGAGCCUCUGGAGAAAACCUUCAAAGGCAUUGGCCACUGGGUUCCAACACCAGGACUGCCAGGCAGCAGAAGCGGCAGCGGGAGCCCCAGCCUCCAGUACAGAGGGGUCCCCUCGGCCUCCUCCUCCCAGCUGAGCGUGGCCAGCCAGGCCUCCACCAGCAGCACCCAGCUCCAGCUCCACAGCCUCCUGAGCAGCAUUAGCAGCAAGGAGGGUACCUACACCAAGCUGGUGGGACUCUACGCCCAGUCCCUGGUCCGCCUCGUGGCCAAGUGUGAGGACCUCUUCAUGGGUGGCCAGAAAAAGGAACUGCACUUCAAUGAGAAUAACUGGUCGCUCUUCAAGCUGACCUGCAACAAGCCCUGUUGUGACUCGGGAGAUGCCAUUUAUUACUGUGCCACCUGCUCUGAGGACCCCGGCAGCACCUACGCUGUUAAGAUCUGCAAAACCCCUGAGCCCAAAACGGCCUCAUACUGCAGCCCUUCUGUGCCCGUGCACUUCAACAUCCAGCAGGACUGCGGCCACUUUGUGGCCUCAGUGCCCUCCAGCAUGCUCACCUCUCCUGACACGCCCAAGGACCCUCUGCCUGCCCUGCCCUCUCACCCCCCUGCCCAGGAGCAAGACUGCGUGGUGGUCAUCACCCGAGAGGUGCCCCACCAGACUGCCUCUGACUUUGUGCGGGACUCGGCCACCAGCCAUCAGUCUGAGCCCGAAGUUUACGAGCGGCGCGUGUGCUUCCUCCUUCUGCAGCUCUGCAAUGGGCUGGAGCAUCUGAAGGAGCACAGGGUCAUCCACCGAGACCUGUGCCUGGAGAACCUGCUGCUGGUGCACUGCACCCCACAGGCCACCCCCAGCCCUUCCCCUGCCACCUCCACAACCCCUGUCGCCUCUACUACCUCCAGUGUGCCUCCCACCGCCACAUCCCCUUCCCCCGCCGCUACUCCCUGCCCUUGCCCCUCUGCCACCCUCCCAGUCGGUGCGACCCCCAGUGCCCCAGCUGCCCCCGCCUGUCAGAGAGUGCCCAGUGAGAAGCACUUGCCCCGGCUCAUCAUCAGCAACUUCCUGAAGGCCAAGCAGAAGCCAGGUGGCACCACCAACCUGCAGCAGAAAAAGAACCAGGCCCGGCUGGCCCCCGAAAUCGUGUCUGCCUCCCAGUACAGUAAGUUUGAUGAGUUCCAAACAGGCAUCCUCAUCUACGAGCUCCUCCACCAGCCCAACCCAUUCGAGGUGCGGGCCCAGCUGCGGGAGAAGGACUACCGACAGGAAGACCUGCCCCCCCUGCCCACCCUGUCCCUCUACUCACCUGGCCUGCAGCAGCUCGCCCAUCUGCUGCUGGAGGCUGACCCCAUCAAGCGCAUACGCAUUGGCGAGGCCAAGCGGGUGCUACAGUGCCUGCUGUGGGGGCCGCGGCGGGAGCUGGUGGAGCAGCGAGGCACCUCGGAGGAGGCGCUGUGCAGCACGCUGCAUAACUGGAUCGACAUGAAGCGGGCCCUGAUGAUGAUGAAGUUUGCUGAGAAGGCGGUGGACCGCAGGCGCGGGGUCGAGCUGGAGGACUGGCUUUGCUGCCAGUAUCUGGCAUCCGCAGAACCCGGAGCCCUCUUACAGUCACUGAAGCUCCUGCAGCUUCUGUGAGCAAAGCCCCCAGCCUGCACUUUAGCCGCCUACUUCCGUUCCUCACUCCACCUUGACCCCCAUGCCCUGCCUUGUCUCGGAAACAUUUGUGUCUCCCUGGGAAAUGGUACAAAUGACUGUCGUAUGUGGAUGUAAUAUAUAUAAAAAAUAUAUAAAUAUGAAA